CUUCUUGUAUUCUUUUUUCUUUCAACCUCUGAAGUAUCGCAAAUUCUCGAAACUGAAAUUAGUUCCGUCAGAAGAAAGCAAAGAUUGUUCACAUGGAGAAGAAGAUUAGAUCUUCUCUCAAAAUAUCUGCAGAAGAUUUCCUUUUCUCUGCAAAAGAAUUCUCUCUACAAGCCCUGAAACCCUCCCUGAAAACCAUUAUCUGGAACAUCAGCGCAUCAUCUGAACUCUCCCGCUCUCUUCCGCUUGCACUCCAUCAAUCCAUCAGUCGAUCCAUCGAAUCUUUCAAGCGAUUACUUGAUUCCGACAAUGUCGACUGCGCUAAAUCUCCACACUCCCCACCGACGAAACGGCUUCGUAGAUCUUCGAGACAGGCGAAGAACACAAAGGAACCGAGUGAGGACCCUGAAAGAAAAAUUCUCAAGGAUAUUGAAAUCGACAGUCACAUUACGGUUCUUUGUAUUUCGCACCCGAAGAAGGUCUUUUCUUCCCCAAGUCUCUUACUAUCUGCUCGAGCACUGCACGAUAACCUUAUUCUAUUCGAAAAAGAUCAAAUUCUACAGUCUAGCAUUGCUAGUUUGUGCGAGGAAUGGUGGAAGGAGCAAUUGCCUGAUAGGGAAACCCUAAUUUGCCAAUCUCUUCCAGUUCUGCUGUCGAGGUCAUUCGAUUUGGGUAAGAAAGUUGAUGUGCGCCGGGUUUACGCUCUCCGGGAAGCAUUCACUUUGUUAGAUUUUGAGGAUGAGAGUAUCGAGGAUCUGAAGCUUCUGCUGGUUCGUUGCAUUAUCACACCGUUGUAUUUGAAGACUGAGGAAGGAAGGCGUUUUGUUGCAUUUUCGUUUGGAUUGAGUGGCCAACUUGUGAAAGAAGCUUUGGCAGUUAUUCGGUCCCAGAUUCCUUUUGGGAGGAAGUCCAUGCUAGAGGCAUAUGCGGACAUUCUUUUUCGGGCUUGGAAAGCUACGGAUGGCUCUUUGCGUAGUGAGAUUGAGAAUGGUUUUCUGCAGGGUUUAAUUGAAGGAGCAAUCCAUGCAAGUUCGGGAUCGUUUGCAGCAUCCUUAAGAAGGGUUUUGGGGGGGUUUAUCAAUCAGCGGACCACUGCUGGUGUUGAAAAACUUCUUUUCCGACUCGCUGAGCCUGUCCUGUUUCGGUCAUUACAGGUUGCAAACUCAAAUGUUCGUCAAAAUGCAUUGCAUCUACUCCUUGACAUGUUCCCGCUUGAAGACCCAGAUGCUACAAAAGAGGUUAAGGAUACCUUGCUUAAUAAACAAUUUUUCUUGCUGGAAAGAUUGCUUAUAGAUGAGUGCCCUGAUGUGAGGGUCGUUGCUGUGGAAGGUUCUUGUCGUGUUCUUCAUUUAUUUUGGGAAAUUAUUCCUUCAUCAAUCAUAACGAAAAUAAUCACUAAAAUCAUUGAUGAAAUGUCAUGUGAUACAAGUUAUGAGGUUAGAAUCUCCACAUUGCAUGGGAUUAUUUAUUUGCUAGGAAAUCCCCAAGCUCAUGAAAUUCUUAAAGUGCUUCUACCAAGAUUGGGGCAUCUGUUCCUGGAUUGUUCUCUCUCUGUGCGAGUGGCUGUUAUCGAUCUCCUCCUUGUUCUGAGGAAUCUUCGAAGUUUUCAGUUUAAUAAGGUGGUCAGAUUUGAUGUAUUACUGACUUCUCUUGCCAAUGAUCAGCCACCUGUUGCUCAGAAAAUCACAAGGCUGCUUAUACCAUCAUACUGUCCCGCAACAGUAACUUGUGAAGAAGCAUGUAAUUUAUGUGUCGCACUUAUUAAAAAAUCUCCCAGGGCAGGAGCAAGGUUUUGUGAAUUUGCGCUCUCAGAAGGGGCAUCUCUGAAAGUACUCAUGGAACUUGUCAUAGUCUUUAUUCAUUCAGCCUUGUCCCCUGAUGAUCUAAAUGCUGAUCAGGUUGAGGGUUUACUUGUUGCUGCUGCCAACCUUUGCCACAGCCUAAUUAGUGAGGAUUCUUGUAAGGCUGCCCUUCAGGAUUUGUUUUCAGGUGGAAAACUGAAGUGCUUGUUUAGUGUUGCUGCAACUGGACGUGCUCAAACCUCUGUUCUUAGCAUUGCUUCGUUUGUCUCUCCAGAUGAUAUAGCUAGUCUUCUUGAAGAAUGCGUGGGCCUUAUCAUCAACUGUAGUGGUUUAGCUGAAAAUGUGGAAAGGCAGGCUGAAGUAAGGUCUGCCCACAAGUUAGUGUUACACUGUGGUUGGUUUGAUGACAUGUUUCUCUCCUUGACAAAUAUUCUGCAGAAAGUUGCCUCUAUGUGCUGUGUCAAAUUUGGCAUUGAAAUGCCUAAACAGUUGUUGACAUCCGUGAAGCAGAAAAAGAGUAAGUUUUCAGUGAAAAUCUGUCAAAAACGGAAGAAUGUCAGAGGGAAAAAACCAGACUGUUCAGGAACAUCCAAUUUUGAGAAAGAUUAUGCCAUUGCUGCAGCUGUAGCAUGGCAGAUAAAAGAUUUGCUUGCAUCUGUGGAUACUCGGAAUGCUGUGUUAAAGUCUCAGUUAUUACAAUUGGCAUUUUCUGCUUUGAAGGUCAUUUUUGAGGUCAGCAUUGAGCAAUGCGUGAAACAUGAGUAUGCCGAUGCAUCACCGCUUUUGGCAUACAUGUCUCUUGCUUUGCACAUGACUCUCAAAGAUGCUGGUUUGACUGCUACAGAGAAUAAUGGCCACAGGAAAAACAGCGGAUCAGACACAAGAUCAUCAAAAGUAGAAUUAGACCAGUCGUUAGAACAUGUAAUCGAUUGUACAGAGAAGCUAUUUGGUAGCAAUCUUGCUGAAGAGUCGGGCAAAUUGCAUUCUGAAUCCAUGCUGGAUGAUGAGAAAAUCUGGAAGUCAAAAUACAAGCAUAGGAAAUCUCAAUCAAAAACUAAUUAUUCUACACAGAACAAGAUAUCCAGAACAGUGAAAAUUGUUGCUGCUGUCCUCAAGUUCAUUGUUGAUGCCAUCACUACAAGAGCUGUUUCACACAGCCAACAGAGGUGCUUACAGUUCACAUCAGCAUAUAUGCAAUUCAUUAUUUCUACCAUAAGGGAACACUUCCAUGACAAAAUGCAAUUAAGGGAAAACGAUUUGAAAGAAAUAUUCAUUUGCCUCAAGAGUUGCUUCACCUAUGCAACAAAGUUACUUAAUCUUGUUCUCAGAAAUUCCAGUGACUCUUCUCUGCCAGCGGCAGAGGCCUCCAAUCUUGCCAAUGUUCUGCUUGAUCUGAUUGCCUCAACUGAAUCAUAUUUGGGUUCAGGUUAUGCGACACAACUUUUCACUGCUGCUAAGCCAUGGCUUCCUGAUCUGGUUCUGUCAUUAGGUUCUGGGCACAUUCUGACUAAGUCUCCAAGUGGGAGAGAUUAUUCUUCUGCAUCUGGCCAUGCUAAGCACCCAUCAUGGGUUAUGUUACUAGGGAAGGUUGAGAGUUGUGAGCUAAGAAAAUUCAAUCAAGUUGAGGAAGACGAGGAAUCUGAAAACAUCUUGCACGUAUUUUCUGUGUUCAAGAAACUUUUGGACCUGGUGGUUCUACUGUUGAAAGGGAACCUAAAGGUAUUGGAUGCUGUUGGGGCCAUUUUCUUAGCUGGCUCAGUGGCUGGGCUUGAGCGAGAGGACUAUGGGUUGGUAUUGGCAAUGGUGCAUUUUGUUUGUGUAAAAUUAUUGAGUCAUGAGGAAGAUGAAUUGAAACAACUUGAAGUAAUGUUAGGUUAUCUACAAGUGCUUUACCCUGAAAUAGAGCGAAAUGUUAAGGAUCCAAGGAUCAGUGAAGAUGGGAGACAGAAGUUAGAGGAUGCAAAGGCAUUGCUUGAACCCAUUUGGAUAACAUAUGUUAAUGAUAGUACAGUGAAAUAGUCAUGAGUCUGUCUCUCAUAUGCAUGCGAAAAAUUUGUGUGCGUGAGGAUGUAUUUGUAACUAAAAGGAAUCAUAAACUUAAAACUCAUGCAAUCCUCACACGACCACAAGUAUUGGUGCCUCACAUCUGAUUUUGGGAAAUCCAGCAAAUUCUCAUAA